GAUAUAGUGAAUGCAGGGUCCGGGGAGAGCGGAUAUAGUGAAUGCGGGGCGUCCGGGGAGAGCGGAUAUAGUGAAUGCGGGGUCCGGGGAGAGCGGAUAUAGUGAAUGCAGGGUUCCGGGGAGACCAGAUAUAGUGAAUGCGGGGUCCGGGGAGAGCAGAUAUAGUGAAUGCAGGGUCCGGGGGAGACUGGAUAUAGUAAAUGCAGGGUCUGGGGAGACCAGAUAUAGUGAAUGCAGGGUCCGGGGAGAGCGGAUAUAGUGAAUGCAGGGUCUGGGGAGAGCGAUAUAGUGAAUGCGGGGUCCGGGGGAGACGGAUAUAGUGAAUGCAGGGUCCGGGGAGACCAGAUUAUAGUGAAUGCGGGUCCGGGGAGAGCAGAUAUAGUGAAUGCAGGGUCCGGGGAGACCGAUAUAGUGAAUGCAGGGGUCCGGGGAGACCAGAUAUAGUGAAAUGCAGGGUCCGGGGAGAGCAGAUAUAGUGAAUGCGGGGUCCGGGGAGAGCAGAUAAUAGUGAAUGCGGGG